UAACUUCAUAUCGCGUCGAAAGUUAUCUGAUACUUAGUAGUGGGCGUAUAAUAGAGACGCACAAGCUUCAUUAUUGUGAAUAAGGAAAUGCGAAUUCCUACACGUUCUGCACCUCGUCCACCUAUUAGUACAACUGCACAAAGAAACGUUAUUUGGAAUAACACUAAUAAUGUUUUUGGAUCUUCAUUAACACAACAACCUAUUCAGAAAAAGAAACCACCUCCACGACCACCACCGCCAAAGUUCAAUCAAUAUUAUUCCCAAACACAAAAGGAAAAAUUAAAAAAACCUGCAAGACCAACAGAACUUUUGACUAAUCUUUUUGGAAGAAAAAGAAAUGAACAUUCAAGUAUAACUCAAUUAAAUAGCCAAAUACAAAAUACAAUAUUACACCCAGAAAACCCAAAUGGACCAGUUUGUUUAAUAGACUUUAGUCCUCCUGGAUCUCCAACAUUUACAACUCGAUCAAGUAGUGAUGGUGUUAGCAUUGAUAGUUUUGGCAGUGAUGGGAAUUCAAAUCCAUCUGCAUUCACAAGUAGUGGAAACACAUCACAAACAGAAAGUAACUUUGAAGAUGAUUUUGAUUUUUUUGGAAUAUCUACAAAAAAAGCACCUCAAAACGAUCCCUGGAAAAUUAAUUCAACAACAGAUCCAUUUGGUCCACUAAAAAUUACUAAUCAUAAUACAUUACAAUCUGUGAAACAUACAGGGGAUACAUGUUUUUUUACUUUCGAUACAAAUAAUCAUACUAAUAAUCAAGUGCCUUUUAAUCAGGCAUUGAAAAGUACUCAAUCAAUGCCAACUAUUAUUCGUGCAAAACCACCCAAACCUCCAGCACCAAAAAUUCUGCAAAAGAAGGUAGAAAAAAAAAUUAAUAAUAUUAAAAUUGAUUCAAGAUGUUCAAAUAAAACAGUGCCUUUUGUUAAGCCAAUGACUUGGGAUCUAAAUAAUUCAUGGCAAAAUGACUCUAAAGGUAGUUCAUCACCACCAAUGCCCACAAUACCACCACCUGCACCACCUCCAGAGUAUUUAACAGAAAUAAAUAAUGAUAUCAACAGCAAAGAACCCUAUGGCAUUGCGCUAUAUGAUUUUCCAUUCACACAUUUGGGUGAUUUGCCUUUCAAAGAAAAUGAUGUGGUAUAUUUAAUAAAGAAAGUUAAUGAAGAUUGGAUGGAGGGUAGAGUAGGAAACCAUCAAGGAAUAUUUCCUACUAAUUUUAUUGAUAUAAAAGUACCAUUGCCUGGUGUGCCAGAUAAUGUAGUUACUGCUAUUUAUCCCUUUAAGGGUGAAACAGUAGAAGAUCUGUCAUUUGAUGAAGGAGAAAAGAUUACAGUUAUAUCAAGGAUAUCACAAGAUUGGUUGUAUGGUGAAUGCGGAAGUCGAAAAGGACAAUUUCCGGUAAAUUACGUAAAUAGAAUCCCAUGUAAUAUUCCGCUAUCACAUUAAUUUGCAUGUUGUACCAAAUUGUAAAUGGUAACAUGUUAAUAGCUUUUCUAUUAUAAAUUUAGCUCUUACUCUUCAUAUUCGAUAUUUCAUCAAAUAUUUUUACAGUGGUAUUUUAAGUAAG